UAUAUGUUUCUGGGAAGCUAAAGAAGAGGGGGCUCUGAUAGACGGAGGUUAUCUACCUGCGAGUUGGGGACUGAGCGGCGCGAGGAAGAGAGAGAAAGUGGAUAGAGAGAAAGAGAGAGAGAGCUAGGGUUUUUCCAAACAAUCAGAGGUGAGUGAGUGUAUAAUCUCCUUACAAUCGCUGUCAAUUUAUUUUUCUAGGUUUUCUUUCUCAAAAACCCCCCAAAAGAGAAAAGAAAUCUUAGGAAAUGGGGUCGAGUGUGAGAGUUCUAUUAUAGAGAGGGAAGUGAGAUCGAGAGCGACGAAGAGGAGAGACAACUUGAGGGGUGUGAAAGUCACCGAUUUCCUCGAAUAUGUCAGAUAGAAAGCUUGUGGUUUUGGGUAUCCCAUGGGAUAUCGAUACGGAUGGUUUGAAGGACUAUAUGACCAAAUUUGGGGAAUUGGAGGAUUGUAUUGUGAUGAAGGAGCGGUCAUCUGGUCGUUCUCGUGGUUUUGGAUAUGUAACAUUUGCAUCAGUUGAUGAUGCUAAGAAUGCAUUGUCCAGUGAGCACUUUCUUGGAAAUAGAAUUCUGGAAGUAAAAGUAGCCACACCAAAGGAGGAGAUGAGAGCACCAUCAAAGAAAGUCACCAGGAUAUUUGUGGCCAGGAUCCCACCAUCUGUGACAGAAGCGGCUUUCCGAAGUUAUUUUGAGCAGUAUGGUGAGAUAACAGAUCUAUACAUGCCGAAGGAUCCAAGUACCAAAGGGCAUCGUGGAAUUGGGUUCAUCACUUUUGCGAGUGCUGAAUCGGUGGACAAUCUGAUGGCUGAAAGUCAUGAAUUGGGAGGAUCCACUAUUGUUGUGGACCGAGCAACACCCAAGGAGGAUGACUUCAGACCAGUAAGCCGAAUGACACAGGGCGGAUAUGGUGCAUAUAAUGCUUAUAUAUCUGCGGCAACUAGAUAUGCAGCUCUAGGGGCUCCCACCUUAUAUGAUCAUCCGGGCUCUAUUUAUGGAAGAGGGGAAUCCACUCGUGGAGGAAUGGGCAAAAAGAUUUUUGUUGGCAGGCUUCCUCAGGAGGCUACAACUGAUGAUCUUCGCCAGUACUUUGGUCGAUUUGGCCGAAUUUUAGAUGUUUAUAUUCCAAAGGAUCCUAAGAGAACUGGCCACAGAGGUUUUGGUUUUGUGACCUUUGCAGAAGAUGGUGUUGCAGAUCGCGUCUCUCGAAGGUCUCAUGAGAUUUGUGGACAGCAGGUUGCAAUAGAUUCGGCUACACCUGUUGAUGAUGCUGGUCCCAGUGGAAACAUUAUGAUGGAUAAUGCUGAACUGUAUGGGGGUUAUGGAGGUCCAAUGCGUACUUAUGGGCGGAUGUAUGGAACCAUGGAUUUUGACAAUUGGAGUUAUGGCAUGGGUGGAGGGAGACCUUCACGCGGAGAUUUGAGGUAUCGGCCUUACUAGAGAUAUGAGCAAGCAGCAAUGGCCUUGAAAAUAAUCAGAGCAUUGCCUCUAAAGAAGUUCUUUGGUAUUCAACAGAAUGUUGUGGCAUUUGUCAAACAUGUUUUGCUUAAAUUAUCAGAGAAACCAUUGAAUCUUUUUUUACAUUUUAAUGAUUUGGUGUAUGAUGCAACUUCUUGACUUGGUAGAUCAAAAACUUUGUGUGAUGAACACAUUGCAGUGGUUUGAUAGCUUGCAGUUGGCCCUUGAUUAUAGUUUUUUCUCCAGUCCAUUUAAUCCCCUCAA